AAACUAUAAACACUGUCCGACUGCAUCCCAAAUAUAAAAAUGAAACGAGUUGACAGAAGAUGGAACAACGAAAACAGGAGCAGAGUGUUGGUUGUCACUCUGCUGAGGGUCUGAGUGUCAGUGUGUCAGCUCAGACUGGAGGUCACAGCACAGCAAUAAUACUCCAUAACAACGUAUUUCACGAUAAGGUUACAUUCACAACCACUGUUUCUGGAAGCAGUAACCCUGCAGACAUACACUCACAGAACCCAGGGAAAGCCUUACAAAACCUUAAAGAUGACUAUAAGGAGUGGAUCUGCUCUCAGUAUGCAUAUGUGACAGAAUAUAACUCCCUCCCUGGUGAAAAUGUGCUGCUGACUGACCGCUACUCUGAGCUGCUGAUCAUUCAGAGACACAGAGAACAGAGUGAGAGAGAGACAGAGAUUCGCUCCAGAGGAGAGCAGUUCUUCAGUGCAAGAGACAGUGAAAAGUACAGCAGCAUCACUGUGGACCAGUUUUUCAGUCCAGAUGAUCGUAGACUCACUCCAAAAGCAGUUGUUCUCCAGGGAAACUCUGGAAAUGGCAAAUCCUUCACUGCACAGAAGAUUAUGUUGGAUUGGGCAUCUGGAACACUCUAUACAGACCAUUUUGAUUUUAUUUUUCACCUGAAGUGUAAAGAGAUGAACCAAAUUUCUGGAGAGAAGAGUCUGGUGGAGCUCCUGAGAUACAGUCAGAGUUUAACACCAGCACAGAUCUCACAGAUAUUACAGCACUCACCAGAGAGAGUUCUCUUCCUCAUAGACGGCUUUGAUGAACUCAAACUCUCACAAGACAACAUGUCCACCCCAUCUUUGCCCACUGAUGUCCAAACUCCAGCCUCACCUGAGUCCACUCUGAAAGCCGUGCUAAGUGGAUGCCUCCUGCCUAAGUCCUUCCUGCUGGUCACCACCAGGUCUACAGCUACAGACACACUGAACAAAUUGCUCAAAAAACAACCUCAACGAUUUACUGACAUUAUGGGCUUCUCUGAGAGGGGGGUGAAGGAGUACUUCCAGAGGUUCUUUAAAGAUGAUCAGCUCUUACAGACACAGGCAUAUGAGCUUGUGAAAGCAAAUGAAACCCUCUUCACUGCCUGCUUCAUCCCUGUGAUCUGCUGGAUCAUCUGCACAGUUUUCAGAGAGAAAUAUGAAGUUUACAAAAACUCAAUUAAUUAUUUGGACACAUCCGCCUCCAUAUAUGUUGACUUUGUGUCCACUCUGCUGGAGCACCACUGCCAGGGUUUGAGUCAGUCUGUCCCCAGCCUGCUGAGGAGUCUGGGCCAGCUGGCAGAGAGAGGGAUGGUGGAACAGCAAGUCCUGUUUGAUGAGAAGAGUGUGUCUGAGACAGUGUCAGAUCCUACCAGCAAUCCAUUCCUGUGUAAGUUUCUCUUGAAGAGAAGAAUCCGCCAGGAAACGAUGUUCAAUUUCGUGCAUCUCAGUUUUCAGGAGUUCUUCACUGCUCUUUACUAUGCUCUGCUGAAUGAAGAGGAGUCCCAGAGGGUAGUCAGAGAGAUUCUUCAACCAUUAGAGAAAUCAUGGGGUACACAAGAGAGCAAGAACAAACAACACCUCCUGCCAGUGAUCCAGUUUCUCUGUGGUCUCUCUAAUAAGAAUGUGAGUGUUUCUCUCAGACACAACUUGUCUGUUUCUCACUGUAUUCAAGCCCAGCUGAAGGGAUGGAUACUGCAGGCAAUGAAAAAGAGUAAUGGUCGUGUCAGUAGCGAAUCAGUGAUGUUCAUUUUCCACUGUCUAUAUGAGCUCCAUGAAGAGGAAGUUCUGAGGAAAGCUAUGGAGGGUUGGGAGGCUGUUACAUUUUCUUCUAUUAUCCUGAGAAGGACAGACUAUUGGGUGCUGCAGUACUGUCUGCAGUUCUGUCCACGCAUCCGAAAACUCCAUCACAUGGGGAUUCUCUCAUGCUACAGUCUGACUCCAGAGACACUGAAGAUUCUUCAGCCUGCAGUGUGCAGGAGUGAGGUAUUAUGGUUGUUGGUGGAGAAGCUCUCAGAUGAUGAUGUAGGUUUACUGGUUUCAGCUCUGGGGGAAGGAAAGGUUCUACACAAACUGAGACUGAUGAAGAGUACCCUGUCAGAUCAGGGUGUGCAGCAGGUCCUCAGUUCUCUCAGCAAACAGAAGUCUGUUGAUGAGGUUUCCCUCACAGUGAAGACCAUCACUACCAAGACUGCUGUCAUGUUCCUAGACUGGAUCCAGAAGAUAAAUAUUAGAGUUGGCAUAAGUGUUAGUGACAACAAGGACAAUACUGAAAGUGUCUGCUCAGCUCUGCGUGUGUUAACACUUGGAGAAGGGCCAUUUCCUGUAGAGAUCAUGUGGAUGUAUGGAUUGUCCAAGACACAGACUGAACCGUCGCUCCUUGGAAUCCGCCUCAGGUGUCCACGCUCAGAGAUAUCCAACAUCGAUUGGACAACAUUCACCCAGAUACUUUACAGAUUAAAAAUCUCCAGAAAGAAUUCUCCUGAGUGUGAUGAGUGGUAUGAUGCUUUGCUGUCUCUGCUGUCUUUCCUGCACUCUGUGCCUGGUCUGACAGACGUGGAUCUGAGAGUGUUUAGACUGUCUGAGAACUGGGCUGCCAGGUUCCUCUCCCUCAUCCACACCUGCCCCAGUCUAGAGGACAUCAGUGUUCAGGUGAAAGAAGACUGUUUUCAGGCCUUCUACCAGUGUCUCAGUGUAUCAGUUGCUGAUGGAAACUUCAGGUUCACUUUUAAAGAUGAGAGAUUGGUUGAUGGAUUCCCUAAACCACUCCCACAUAUCUGUUUCUUUGGUCCAGAGUCAGAGAGAUCCAACAUCAACUGGACAAGACUGACAGAGAUCAUUUACAGAAUAAAAGACUCCAGACAGAAUUCUCCAGAGUUGGAUGAGCAGUUUGAUGCUCUGCUGUCUUUCCUGAACUCUGUGCCUGGUCUGAAGAAGGUGGAACUGAUUGUGAUCAGUCUGACUGAGAGCUGGGCUGCCAGGAUCCUCUCCCUCAUCCAGACCUGCCCCAGUCUACAGGACAUUGGUGUUUGUGCAGGUGAAGAUGGGGAAGGUUUAUUACUGGAGGAAGGAAUCAGGUCACUGCAGCACUCUCAGAUACGUCCAGACUGCACUCUGACUGUUCAUGGGUUUGUAUCUGAGGAGAUGCACUAA